GAGCUCAGAGAGUCACAAGUCUGUCCCUGUUCUCCAUCCCCUGCACUUUAUCCUGAUUCUCUCUCUCUCUCUCCGAGGGGUGUGAAGUGGGCUCGGUCUGCCAGGACAAGCCCCCUCCAGCCCAGCCACCAAUAGCAAUCAGGGAAGCCGAGGGAAGGUGCUAAAAUCUGGCAAAACGUGAAUGGGAAAUAGGAGCACAGUUUGUAUCUGCUGAGACUGGGGAGAGAAGAAGCUGCACAUCCAGGUCACCAAGGAAGAGAGGAGAUCCCAUUACACCGACUGCAAUUGACAAGGUCCCACCAAACAGACAGGAGCACGGAUCUAACAGUACAGGCAGAGAGGAGAGACCCCAUUUCUGCGGGAAGAAUCCCAAACACAGAAGGAGAAAGUCCCCAGAAAGCAGAAAGUGGGAGCUGUGCGUGCAGGGCACCCAGAAAGGAGCACCCAGGAAAGCAAAGCAAAAUCGUCACUCAGAGAGAGAAAUGGCCCUCAGCACCCAGUGAAGAAGCAACACAGCCAGGAAACUGGAAGGGGUGAAGUGAUUCCUUCAGAGGAGACAAUUCCCAUAUAGAGAGGCUGUGUACUCAGGGCAUCCAAUAAGAGAGGGGUACUAGAGAGACCCCCCACUAUACAGAGAGGGACUCACAUAAGCCUGGCGCACAUAAAGCUGUCACCAAAGAAUCUCCAGAGAGCAGUGGGAGGCCCUCCUUUACUUAAUGAAGGUUUAGUCUGUGACCCAUACAGAAUACUGCUUUGUAUAUCUGGCUUUGGCACCCAUCACCCACUUCUACCCAAAUCACUGGCACUCUACCAAUGGUAACUGUGGCAGACUGUGGCUCUGGUGCCUGCUGAGAGCUGCUCUAGUUGUUUGUGCCCAACUUUGGGAGCAUUUUCUUAGCCUUCCUUUGACUCCCAGUAGCUUAUAUGAGUGCAGCCUUUCAGCCCCCUCUCAUGAUGAUGCAGCGUCCCCUGGGCAGCAGUACAGCCUUUAGUAUAGACUCACUGAUAGGGAGCCCACCACAACCCAGCCCUGGACAUUUUGUGUACACCGGAUACCCCAUGUUCAUGCCUUACCGGCCUGUGGUCUUGCCCCCUCCACCACCCCCUCCUCCAUCUCUGUCUCAAGCCACUCUGCAGCCAACUCUCCCUUCAGCGCAUCCCCACCACCAGAUCCCCAGCCUGCCCAGUGGAUUCUGUUCCAGCCUUGCCCAGGGCAUGGCACUUACCUCUACCCUCAUGGCUACUCUGCCAGGGGGAUUCUCAGCCUCCGCCCAGCACCAGGAGGCAGCCAGAAAGUUUGGAGCUCAAAGUCUCCAGGGGGCCUUUGAAAAAAGCGACGGGGGUCAGUCAGAUGGAGAAGAUGGUAACAAGACCUACAUAACCAAAGAGGGCACCUUACUGCCUUUCUCUGCUUCGGAAGUUUCUCUGGGUCCAGUCCGUGGGCAGGGGAAAGAGGAGUCUGGGAAAGAAGCAGAAGGAAAGGGCAAGGAGGAUUCCUACCUGAUGGACAGUGACCUGGACUACAGUUCAGAUGACAAUAUCUCCUGCCAAACUGCACACAAAGAGGACGACACCCCAGAGGAAAGCCCCCCAAACUCAAAUCCUUCUAAUAACAGCAACACCAGCUCCACGGGGAAGAACCGACGGAGGAGGACUGCCUUCACCAGUGAACAACUGCUGGAACUAGAGAAAGAGUUCCACUGCAAGAAGUACUUGUCCCUGACAGAGAGAUCCCAGAUCGCACAUGCGCUCAAACUCAGCGAGGUCCAGGUCAAAAUCUGGUUCCAGAACCGCAGAGCCAAGUGGAAGAGGGUCAAGGCUGGUAAUGCGAACUCCAAAACUGGGGAGCCCUCUAGAAACCCCAAAAUUGUUGUGCCCAUCCCAGUCCAUGUCAGUAGGUUUGCCAUACGGAGCCAACACCAGCAGCUGGAGCAAGCAAGACCUUGAAAUGGGCAAUGGACAUCAGCAGAGAAAUCCAUUUUGUGGCCCUCCAGUUGUUAAUCUACAUCUACCAGUAUCCCCUGACAGCCAAGGGCAAUUAGAGGGUGGUGGAAGUUGUAGUUUUACAACAACGAUAGGGCCAUAAUCUGGUCAUCCCCGGACAAUGAACAGAUUAGCCAUGGGUCAGACAAUGGAGGUCACAGGACGUCAAUAACCAAUUCCCUCCUAGACUUUCCAGAAAGACCCCAGUACUUAUUAUGUUAAGAAGAAGGGGUGAUUUUUGCACUUGGGGUGGCUAAAAGGUUAGUUCUUCAGGAACUUAAUUUUAUGUACAGAUAGAUGGAAGCUGGCCUCUUUUUAAGGGGUGGUGGACAAAACCCUCUCAAAGCCGUCUUAAUUCUAAUGUUCUGGACUUUCUAUGGACAGAGGCUUAGUGAGAGCUCUGGAACCGGCCACAGGGUUGCGUUGCCUGAAAAGUGCUGUGGGAGCAAAGUUACUUCGGUACGACUGAGGGGGGUACAUGCCGAAAAGAUGGUAACAUCUUCCCCCCCCCCUGCCCUGGGGUGCAAUCCCCUUAAACAAACUGAACAUGUUUUCUAAAUUCUCCCAGAGCCUCAGAUUAUGUUGUGGUUAAUUUAUUCUGUGUUGCUUAUUUCUUAUAAGUUAUAAAACUUAAAAAACUCAGUCUUGUGAAAUCCAAUCAUGUCUCUAAUAAAUAAUUCCUUGCA